GGGUCGCCCCCGCCGCGCCCGCCCUCCCUCCCGCGAUGCGGCGCUGAAGCCCAGCAUGGCCGGCCCGGGCCCCACCUUCCCGCUGCACCGGCUCGUCUGGGCGAACCGGCACCGCGAACUGGAGGCCGCGCUGCACAGCCGCCAGCACGACAUUGAACAGGAGGACCCCCGGGGGCGCACUCCCCUGGAGCUGGCUGUGUCCCUGGGGAACCUGGAGUCCGUGAGAGUCCUCCUUCGACACAAUGCCAAUGUGGGCAAAGAGAGCUGCCAGGGCUGGGCAGUCCUGCAGGAGGCAGUCAGCACUGGGGACCCCGAGAUGGUACAGCUGGUGCUCCAGUAUCGGGACUACCAGAGGGCCACACAGAGGCUGGCUGGCAUUCCAGAACUACUCAACAAACUCCGCCAGGCUCCCGAUUUCUACGUGGAGAUGAAGUGGGAGUUCACCAGCUGGGUGCCUCUCGUGUCCAAGAUGUGCCCGAGUGACGUGUACCGAGUGUGGAAGCGGGGGGAGAGCCUGCGGGUGGACACCAGUCUGCUGGGCUUCGAGCACAUGACCUGGCAGCGCGGCAGGAGGAGCUUUAUCUUCAAGGGCCGGGAGGCAGGAGCCUUGGUGAUGGAAGUGGACCACGACCGGCAGGUGGUGCACACCGAGACGCUGGGGCUCGCCCUGCACGAGCCGGAAGCGCUGCUGGCCGCCAUGCGACCCAGCGAGGAGCACGUGGCCAGCCGGCUCACCUCUCCUAUCGUCUCCACCCACCUGGACACGCGCAAUGUGGCCUUCGAGAGGAACAAAUGUGGUAUCUGGGGCUGGCGGUCUGAGAAGAUGGAAACCGUUAGCGGCUACGAGGCCAAGGUAUACAGUGCCACCAACGUGGAGCUGGUGACACGCACCCGCACGGAGCACCUCUCGGACCAGGACAAGUCGAGGAGCAAAGGAGGGAAGACUCCGUUCCAGUCCUUCCUCGGGAUGGCCCAGCAGCACUCCUCCCACAGCGGGGCUUCUGUGCAACAGGCCGCCAGCCCCACCAACCCCACAGCCAUUUCCCCCAGUGAAUACUUCGAUCCCAACUUCAGCCUGGAGUCGAGAAACAUCGGCCGCCCCAUUGAGAUGUCCAGCAAAGUGCAGAGGUUCAAGGCCACACUGUGGCUGAGUGAGGAGCACCCACUCUCCCUGGGUGACCAGGUGACACCCAUCAUUGACCUGAUGGCCAUCAGCAAUGCCCACUUUGCCAAGCUGCGUGACUUCAUCACCCUGCGCCUCCCCCCUGGCUUCCCGGUCAAGAUUGAGAUUCCCCUCUUCCACGUGCUCAACGCCCGCAUCACCUUCAGCAACCUGUGUGGCUGCGACGAGCCCCUGAGCUCCGUGUGGGUGCCGGCCUCCGGCUCCGGCGGCCCGGGAUCAGGGAGCCCUUUCCCGUGCGAGGUGGACCCCGCCGUGUUCGAGGUGCCCGAGGGGUACAGCGUGCUGGGCGCGGAGCGCAGGGAGCCCCUCCGCGACGAGGACGACGACCUGCUGCAGUUUGCCAUCCGGCAGAGCCUGCUGGAGGCGGGCGCGGAGGCCGAGCAGGUGACCGUCUGGGAAGCGCUGACCAACACCCGGCCCGGGGCUCCUGCCCAGGCCGCCGCUUACGAGGAGCAGCUUCAGCUGGAGCGGGCCCUCCAAGAAAGCCUGCGGAUGUCCACAGAGCCCAGUGGCCCAGAAUCCCCUCACAGGACAGCCCUGGCCCCGGCACCCUCAAGCUUUGAGGAACAGCUUCGCCUGGCCCUGGAGUUGUCCUCGAGGGAGCAGGAGGAGCUGGAACGACGGGGCCAGCAGGAGGAGGAGGACUUAGAGAGGAUCCUGCAGCUCUCGCUCACCGAGCACUGAGCCCCGAGCCCCUGGGAGGGCUGUCUGGGCUGCUCCCCACCUGCUUUUGUAACUUAUUUAUUUACAAACUCUCUGCUGCUGAGCUUGGGGCCUGGAGCCCUGGAGGUGGGCCUGCAGUGGAGACCUAGGUGGAAAUAAAGAGACUUUCAGCAGCA